UCAUCGGGUGGAUCUUCAUGUAGAUUCAUGAAGGAGAGAAUCCCAGGCAGGCUGGCUGGGGAGGGGGGAUGAUGAUAUAGAAUCUGUCAAAGUUUGGGGAAUGAUCAGAUAGUACAGUAGUAACAAGUUAACAACACUCCCAGCCUUCAAGUUCCUUCAGUGCACUUCCUUUCCUUCCCUGGUCCAAAAAACCCUCCCAUGAAAGGAAAGCUGUCUGUCUGUCUUGUCUCAUUUUCCUUUUUCUUACUGACUUCCUCCUCUUUCUUACUGUUACUGUUUUCUUUUUUUGCUUUCUUCCUUCCUCCUACUUCCUUCUCUCCUCCUACCCUUUCCAUCUCAUCCCAUCCUCCCCUCUUCCCCUUCCCUCUUCACGACCUCACACUUACUUACUUACUUAUCCUUUCCCACUUGCCCCUCCCCAGCUUCGUUUUGGGAAAGUGUCUUCUCGGUUGCCCCGUCCUUCCUCGGGACAACAAUAACCACCAUUACAACAACACAAAACAACCACAACCCAGCCCACUCAUCAACCACUCACUCACUCACUCACUGACCGCUACGCAAACCACCCCCCCGAGUGAACUUCAGUCAGCCCUGGCGGCUUGUUCCCACGUUCCUGCUGUCGCCCGCGCCCCUCUCCUGGCGCCUUAUUAUCCUAGUCUUUUCCUCCUGCGCAUGCGGAAUCUCCCAGCGACUUGAAACUUCCCGCUGCAUUGCAACUGCGCUUGUCGGUCGGAGCCCGCUGCACUGUAUUGAUUAACGACUCCCUUUGUCUGGUCUGACGUUCCACAUCGACGCACUCCUUGCUCCUUGUUUCUGCGAAUACCCCCUUCUCGUUGUUCCCCGUUUGUAACGAUUGUCCUUGCGUUCUGCUCGCAUUUGGGGCUUGCUUUGAGUGCCCAAGUCUA